AUGUUUAGCCCUAGAGGAACUUUACCUCAGAGGCCGAGAGGACCUAAUCCAUCUGGCACAAAGCCUCCAGGAUCCUUUAGGGGAGGAGGUGCAGGAGGUCUUCAGAGGAAGCCUGCACCUGGAACACCUCAAGGAAUGUCACCAAGAUUUUCGGGACAGGAAACGUUUCAGUGGACAGGUUCACAGAGGAUAAACGUUCGGGUAACUCUGCACAGGCCUGAUCCGAGGCGGGUGAAGGAGAAGACGAACCUACACCAGGAGCAGAAGGGAGAGCCUCGCACAACUUGCUGGGAUAGUAGCCCGUGCCCAGCUGGGACAACUGGGCAAAAGCCAUCGGCCCCAGCACGGAUCUCGGAGCAGAAUUCAAGUGCCCAGAACCGCUACACACCAGAAAGUGCUUCCAGCAUUUUAGCGAGUUUCGGGCUGUCUAAUGAAGAUUUGGAGGAACUCAGUCGCUAUCCAGAUGAUCAGUUAACUCCUGAAAACAUGCCGCUAAUCUUAAGAGAAAUACGGAUUCGUAAGAUGGGUCAUUCUUUAUCUGGUUUACAGUCUCAGAGCAGAGCAGAAGAAACGGUUGGUGGUACGAGUGGUGCAGCAGUCAAGAGUAAAGUGAUUGAUUAUGGGCAUGCAAGCAAAUACGGUUACACUGAAGAUCCUCUUGAAGUGCGUGCUUAUAAUCCUGAAGUGCUGACUGAAGAUCCUCUCAAAGCACGUGUCUAUAAUCCUGAAGCAUCGAGCGGAGAGAACAGGGAAGACUUCCAACGAGAGCAGACUAUGUCAAUGGGUGUCCCACCAUCUAGCGUGACAUGUAAUUCAGUGUUUCCAGUUGAAGAUUUAAUAAAACAGACGGGGUUCCAGAAUGAUUCCUCAAAUACUCGAUCGUUUUUUCCAGCUGAGACUUCGGGAAAGGUGUCCGGUUUGUGUGCAACGCCCGCUGGACUCCCCGUGGUGAAAUCUGUAUCCCAGCCUGUGCCGCCUCUUGUCCAGCAGUCCGUGACCCAGCACGUAAUGCCACCGAUGACCCAGCCACCCUUCUCAGCUGAACUUCUUGCAGCUAUAACCCAGCAUGAAAGAAUUCAGCGUGAAUCUGGGACAAGCCAGUCUAACACCCAGGGCGGCUCGGGAGCAGGACAGAAGCCCUUCCAGACACAGUCUGAGGGGCCAAUUAGAUCUCCUUUUGGUAUUGUGAAAGCAUCGUGGCUUCCAGCGUUUCUACAGCCUGAUGCCCAGAAGAUAAAAAGAAUGCCCACUCCGUCAAUGAUGAAUGACUACUAUGCUACAUCUCCAAGAAUAUUUCCACAUAUGUGUUCUCUGUGUAACAUUGAAUGCACUCAUAUGAAGGACUGGAUUCUGCAUCAGAACACUCCUUCUCAUAUUGAAAGCUGCCGCCAGUUACGUCAAAAAUAUCCUGAUUGGAACCCUGAGUCUCAUUCUUCAAAGAGAAAUGCUGGUGACAGAAAAGAAAACCAGACCCCGAAGCGUCGUUCCAACUCUGCCAGUCCCAGUCCUAGGCGUUCGAGGGUCGGAGGCUCUGGCUAUGUUCUUCGCCGAUCACGAUCGAGAUCCAGAAGCCCUGGCCGCUUUAGGCCAAGGCCAAGAAGUCGAAGCCCACGGCAGAUGCGACGACGUAGCCCCAGACACAGGUCAAGGUCACCGCAGCGAUCGAGAAAUCCACUGAGAACUAGUCCACGACCUCAGAGAUCUUCCAGUAAUGAUUGGUCAUCAAGGAGGUCAACCCGAUCUCAAGGGAAGACGCCUGGAAAUAUGAAGAAGCCACUGAAAAAAGGUGUUUCUGCAAAGGCUUCGAAGAAAGAUGUGCCUUCUUUGCCUGGGUCAAGCUCUUCAUCUCCUGAAACUGAUGAUUUCAGGAUGGAAGAGGAUGAGGAAGACUUACCCACAGGAACCAGUAGACCUCGUCCUACUCCUUAUAAUAGGCUGUUGAGAGAGGAACUGCUGAGUUGUGGGACAGUCCUUCGAAUAUCUGAUUUACCAGAUGAUGGCUUUUCAGAUCAAGAUAUUAAAAAAAUUGUUCAGCCAUUUGGCAAAGUUAGUGAUCUCCUUGUACUGCGCUCUAGAAAUGAGGCCUUCUUGGAAAUGAACUACAAAGAAGCUGUGAUAGCAGCUGUGAAAUACGGUGAAACUGUGCCAGUGCUGGUAAAUGGGAAACGGGUGAAAAUAAGCGUAGCAGAAAAGCCAAAAGCAUCUCCUGGCCAG